AUGUUUGAUGCCUGGAUCUUACUCUCUCCCCUCCUGUUGGGGGCGAGUGCAUUUAUGAUCCACAACACCCAGCGCAGCAUGUGUCUGGAGGAAUCAGCAGCUACAGAUGUCCUACUGAAGAAGUGCAACUUGCACUCAGAGUCCCAGCAGUGGAUGUGGAUCAAUCAGGGCAUGCUGAUGUGUGUUGCAUCAUCCAGAUGUUUGUCAGCCAGUCAGAGAGAGCCUCUCCAGACCCAGUCCUGCCAGGGGCCGGAGAUGGAUGCUGCAGGGUUAAUGUGGGACUGUGACAGGGACAGACUGAUCAGCAGGAACACAUCUAUGCUGUUAUCAAUAGAUGGCCAGCGUCUUAUUCUCACACAUGACAAACACUCGAAGUGGAGAUCUCUGGAUGAGGGGGACAUCUGCCAGGAAAAACUCAGAUCCAGAAGGGCGUCUGAUGAUCCAGAAGAGUUUGAGGCUGCAGAGAAGCAGACACGUGAGCUAGCAGCCAUGACGGAGGAACAGAGAGAGUAUCUACGCUGGUACUAUCGCACAGAGGACCCGACCACAUGGAAGUUUGUGCUGCUGGGAUUGGCCUUCGUCUGCCUUCUUGUUGGCUUUCUGCUGUUAGGAAUGGGAGCCAUGGCUAGCAAGAACAGGAAGAAGAUUGCAAAGUACAAGGCAGCAGCUGCUAUGGCUCAGAAGAGUGAAGGUGAGGAGCUGCUGGUCAUUUCACCGCUCAAAGACAACGGCAGCAGCAUACCCUCACCAUCACCUGACAGUGUGCUGGAGGGAAAGGAACCCUCCCAAUCGAAUGGAGAGAUGACUGAGCUCAAAGCAGGAAACAUAGUGGUCACAUGGAAAGAUGGCAACGCCUCCUGCUUAUACUCAGAUCCCACAGCAGAGAAGGAGAAACAGGAGGAGGUGUCAGCUGCUGAGUUGGAGGCUGAUGAGGCAGAGAAGACAAUUGAGUGAAAAAAUCAUAUUACAGAUUGCAAAUACAAUGUCUCUAUGCUCCUCUAUAGAGUUGUUUACAAAGACUUGUUAUCAAAUUUAAUUGCAUACAGUUCAGCUCUUCACCACCCACUG